AUGGAAGCCCUUUUAGCCGUGCUAGACUAUUCCGGAGCGCUUAGCGUUUUUCGGAUUGACCAAGGGUCAAGUCCUGAGGAUCUAAUGACGUCAUCACUGUUCUUCUCACUAAAACCACCUAGUGACUAUGUUACUGUAGAUGUUUCUUCCCUUGCGUGGUGUCCAUGGGUAUCUGGUUGUGCAAGUGCACUUGUUUGUCCAUGUAACUCCAAUAGUUGUGUAUUACUGCCGUCGUCCGAUCCAAGUCUUCUCAUGGCAUUUUCUGUUCAUCACAAGGUGAAAGUAGUAGAUCUGGGAUUAGCUACCAAGAUUCUUCAAAUUCACUAUUCAAAAGAUGCCCAGCUAACAGAACCGGUCGCUUGGAGUGAAGAACAAGUUAUUGACGCCAUAAAUGCGAAUGUGAUAAACUCAUUGUGCUAUGCUGAAAUGUCGGAUCAUUCUGAUGCUGUCAGUGUUAUUGCAUUAAGUCGUGACGCUAGUUGUUUGGCUUCUGCCAGCCUAGAUGGUAAAAUUUGCAUAUACUCCUUGGUUAGUCGCAAUUUGUCUGGCGUCAGAAACACUCUAAGGCCAAUCCAUGUGCUUCGUCCUCACGAUGGGCUUCCGCUGUAUGCCUUGAUAUUUCUUGACAGUGUUUUACGCGGCGAUGAUGGAAGUCCAACAUGGAGCCAUUUUGUAACAGGUGCACAGUCUAAUCGAGAAAUUCGUCUUUGGUCAUGCUAUGACUGGUCUUGCUUACAAGUUGUACGAUUUUGUUCUGGUGUACUGAACACGGAUUCAGUGAAGCAAACAAAUAUGCCAAUUUCCAAAUCUGGCAUAACACUAGCUGUGGAUCAAACAGCUUCUUUUCUGAUUGCUACAGAUGUAACGAGAAGAGUACUUUAUACGCUUGAAAUUGGCAGUACUGUAAAUGCCUUGAAAGAUUUAUUUGAACGAGACAAUGCAAUUAUACUAUCAUCAUCACCAGCAUCCCAAUCUAGAGAAGUGUGUUUUAUCUCAAUUGGUGAAUUUCUGCUUACAACACCGUGUUUACUGUUCGCUUUGGGUCCUUUCUCAAGAAAAGCUAAAGUUGAUGUCGGUUCUCCUUUGAAAGGAAGAAAUGGUCUUCAGAAAGUGUUGAUGGAUCAAAUAUGUUUGGACAUUCAUAUUAUUCACAAUCGAAACCUCUUGAAUGGCACUAUCCGAUUUGAAGUACCUCAUCGGUCUGAUUCAGUCAUGUCGGAUUUGAUUACAUCUAUCUUACAAUCAUCGUCUUCCGCGAAGUCACCAGUUCAUCAUCAGCAAACAGUUGAUGACGGUAAUGUCGAUGGUGCCAACAGUAAUAAUAAUGAUGAUAAUGCAUCGAAAAUUGAUUCAUCUCUGAAUACAAAUGAAAAUGAACUGACCAAACUUUCCCAGAUGUCUAAUCUCUUUGAUGAGGAUACAGUUGCUUGUCAACAAUUAGAUCACGAUUCUUUGGUGCUUGAUAUUUCGGAAAACGAUCCUAUCAAGUGUGAAAAGGCAAAUAUGAAGGAUGAUUCUGAAUGUUUCUUAUCUACUGCAGUCAUAAAAGAGCAUAUUUCUGGUGCAGAAAAUGUUUCACCUAGUCUCAUUGAACCUCCAGAAGCAGAAAAACUGCCAGAUGUUCUCCCGAUAACAUUUUUGGACAUAAAUAUUCAGUCAUUUAAAAAGCUUCAUGAAUUUCCACAAGAAUUUGUGAAUGAAGUAACAAUGAUUGAUGCGAAUUCAUUGACCGAAUCUGCUACACCUGACGCUACUGUUUCUUCUUCGUCAUUCGCUUCACCGUUUUGUAUGAAACCGUCGUGUGCUGAUGCUGAUAAUGAUGAUGAAUAUGUAUCUUUGAGUCAACCAAUUGAAUCUGUGAAUCUUAAUGAAAAAUCUCAUCAUCAUCACAUCACUAUUGCACAUGAACAGAUUGAAUCGACAAAGUUGUCCACUGAUGAUAAUAGCGAUGAAGUCGCUUUCUCUGUUCAUGAUCUACUGGAUAGCACACUGCAAAAGCUUUUGAGAAAUUCUACUCCUCGUCUUUCUAAACAUAAAAAUGAAUUGGACAGUGGAAUAAAUCCUGACCAACUUGAUCUAAACGAUAUCAAUAUAUUGCCACCAGAAUCACCAGGGUCAGUUACACCACCGCUACUUCCUCCAUUAACACCAUUGUCGUCACCACCAUCCAUAACAGUGGCUAACGAAGAAAUGUCACUACCAGUUACUUCACAAAUUAUUAUCGAGUCGUCAUUAUCUUCACUUAAUCGAGAUAAUAUUGGCGAAGUUGAAGCUGAGGCGGAUGAAGAUGAUUCUCGUGAUCAUCAAUUAUUUGGAUGCGUAAAAUCAACCUUGAAAGAAGACAAUGGCAGUGAAAAAGAUAAAAAUGAUGACGAGAAUAAUAAUAACAAUAAUAACUUGCAUAUAACAACCGAUAACAAAGUGGAUAUGAUCCUAGAUCAGUUAAAAGUGUUAGCCGAAACUUCACAAGAACAAAAUAAACAAUUCAAAUCUAUGAUGGAACAAUUUAAUCAAACGAAAUCAAAACUGGAACAACUUGAACGAAUGCAAUCUGAAAUUAGCAAACAACUCAGUAAAUCUAAUCAUCAAACUCUACCAUCCUAUAUUAUGACAAAGUCGGGGUCGAAAUCACCUGGUGGUGGUGGUGGUGACAAGAAGUCUAGUGAACUGGCGAAUCAAAUAAUAUUACAACUUCGAACUGUUCAAGGUGACUUCUCUCGACGUUAUUCACAAAUCGAGGAGUCCAUGAAUAAAAUUCUACUGGGUGUACAAGAAUCUCAUCAUGCAAAGACUACCAUGUUGUUUAGUCUAGAAUCACGUAUCAAUCUGUUGCCGAAAUUGAUAUCUGAUUCAUUGAAGCCUGUUUUAUGUGAAGAAUUGCAAAAGAUGUUUACUAACAGUAUUUACAUAUCACUGAACCACUUCAUCAAGCCAUAUAUCAUGCUAUGCAAGAAGCGCACAUUGAGAGAAAAGAAUUUUACCUCACAAAUUGUACGAUCUGCAUCUGGAGCGCUUACUAGUGAACUUUCUGGAGCCUAUAGAGAUUCACUGAAUAAAAUUUUCGUACCAGCCUUAGAAAAAGGCAUCAAGAAGUUAUUCACCGAUUUGAAUGAACUGUUCCAAACCGGUACUCAACAGUAUUUAAAUCAGAUAUCAUCUCAUGUUCAAACUCCAUUUGAUUCCGCGAAAUUCACAACUGCUUUAAAAAAUCAGAUUACAAACGUAAUAAAAUCAACAAUCAGUGCAACACUUAAAGAAACUGAUAUUCGGUGUGUUACUGCAGAGACCGUUGUCAACACUGGGAAAGUGAAAUCAGUUCACCCUGGAGAUGUUCAUUCUGAUCAUAGUGAUAGUUAUUUAUCUAGUGGUGUAACUAACAGUAGCAGUAAUAACACCAACACUAAUCAGAACAAAGCCUCAUCAUCAUCAACUAAGAAGUUGAACAGUAAAAAAUUGAACACAAAUUCAAAUACUACGUCCACUUCAAAGAUUAAAGGUCAAGCUGCUGGUAAUGAAAUCGUUCAAGAGCCUCAACCGCCGUCAUCACUGGUAAAACAAGAUGAAUUAGCUCGCUUAAUUGGACAAGCUCAAGUGUUGAUUCGAUCGAAUCGUCUGGUUGCUGCAUUGGAACUGGCAUUAGUGUCUACCAACCAACCACUGUUACUUGAUGUGUGUAAUGAUAUUGAUGUGAAUCAACUUUUCGGUUCUGGUGAUCAUAAAAUUGGACAAAAUGUUCUACUCUCUCUGAUUCAUCAAUUAAGCUGUGGUGAUUUAAAUGUUCAACUGGAUUUAAAAAUUCGAUAUCUUCAAGAAGCUGUCCUCUGUCUUGAACCUGACGAUCCGACUACAUCAGUUCAUGGACCCGCAAUUCUGAAUCUAUUGAAUGCUCGUCUUGAGGCCCUAUUAAAUUCACCAAAUAGUUCUAUGAAAGCCAAUUCCAAAGUAGCUAAUUCUCUACGUUCCCGUGUUGUAAAAUUGAAUCGUUCUGCUAAGUGUUUAUUUCAGCAAGCUUCAUCCACUGAAAAAUAG